CUAGUAUACAAACUAUUGAGAUUCAAGUUUUUGCAAACUAUAGUGCAAAAACUAAAGUUAGUGAUAAAGAUUCAGCUUGGUUCAUCAGGAUAUCCAUUGGUAUCAGUGUUGAAAAUUCACAGAAUGUAUUGGUACCUUUUCCCCACCUUAGCAUCAGUGCUAAUUCAAGGGCACCAUGGCCACGUGGCAAUGGAUCACAAAUUGGGCCGAUCUCACAUCUACGAAUCUCCAGAAAAAUACAACAUCCCUUCACCUCAUUCAAACCCCAACAAUGAUGGGGAAUCUCCAGUGCCAACAGGGCGAUCAAGCGGGCCUUUCGUAGGCAGUUGCAAAGGGGGCGCUGUUUGUGUGCCCUUUGUGGCGUGUCCUGCCCAUGUGAGGUCUGAAGAGAAGGAGUACUGCGAGACUUUGGGAGGCAGAAAAGGAGUUUGUUGCACUACCGGAAAGAAUCAUACAAAACCAUUCACAGCCAAAGAUCGCCAUCACCGUUUCGUGAAUUUGGACCAAGCUACAUUGAAGAGCCUUAAUCGCAAAAGUAAAGACGAGAUGGAUUUGCUUCGAGCCAGGGAAGCCAAACUGCUGAUUUCCGCAGAGCCAACCAUCCUUCUACCUGGGUCAGCUAGUUACAGCCAUUUCAGGAACUCGAGAAGAUUCGACCAUCUUGAUAUAACAGAAGUCACUGAUGUAGCCAGCAGAGCAUUGGAGAUUGCUAUCGCUACCAAAGCUUUCAAGGACAGGGAAGGUGUGAGUAACCUCGAAUUGGAGAUGGGGAUGAUACAGGAAGAUCUGCGUUCAACUCCAUUGGGACACACGUGUCUUCUGAAGCCUAAUUGUCCUGAGGUACCUGAGAAAUAUCGCAGGAUUGAUGGAUCUUGUAACAACAGAUACAACUCCUUAUGGGGAGCUACAAGAACUCCGUAUUCCAGGUUGCUGCCUCCUAGUUACGAUGAUGGAAUUUGGGUUCCAAGAACUUCCCAACUACCUGGCCAUGAUCUCCCUAGUCCCAGACUCAUCACUUCUACCGUGUUCAACGAAAAUUAUGCAUCUAACGAUAAGCUUACCCUUUUGGCCAUGCAGUUUGGCCAAUUUCUCGCUCAUGAAAUAACACAGGCUCUUGAUUUUACUUAUGGUAAUGGCAGUGCAAUUUCAUGCUGUUCUCAAGAUGGUCUUCACAGUAUUGCCCCCGAGAAUCGUCAUUUUGCCUGCAUGCCGAUAGAAAUGUCACCGAGUGACGGCUUUUUCAAAAUCUACAAGCAAGGAUGCAUGAAUUUUGUGCGCUCUGUUUUGGCACCACGAGAAGAUUGUACUUUAGGAUAUGCCCAACAGAUGAACAAAGUGACCCAUUUCAUCGAUGGAUCUGUCAUCUAUGGUUCGUCGCCAGAACAAACUGGAGAACUUCGAAGUUUCGAGGGUGGCAAACUGAAAGUUUUCAAGGAUUUCGGUAGGGAUCUACUUCCUCUAUCCAAGGACACAGACGCCUGUCUCACAAUGGAACAGGGAACUGCAUGUUUCAAUUCUGGAGAUACGAGGACUAAUCAGAUGAUCACUUUGGUGGUGAUGCACACCGUAUUCAUGAGAGAGCAUAACAGGAUAGCCUCCAUUUUGGAAAAACUGAAUCCUGAUUGGGAUGAUGAACAGAUAUUCCUUGAGACUCGUCAAAUCGUAAUAGCUGAAUUCCAAGUCAUAACAUACAAGGAAUUCCUACCAGCAAUCAUAGGUGAUUUGGCAAUGGAGGAGUUUGAUAUUAAUCUGGCUGAAGGCAAUAGUUAUUCAUACGAUUACGAUAAAAAAAUUGAUCCUUCAAUAAUCAAUGAGUUCUCAGCGGCAGCUUUCAGAUAUGGGCAUUCAACAAUUGAUGGAAUUCUGAAGAUAUACGGGAUGAAGCGAAUGGAACAAAUGAUUGAAAUCCCAGAAGUAAUGUUCUAUCCAUCCCAAAUGAGAAAAACCAAAUUCUUGGAUAUGGUACUCAGUACUCUCACUACAGAGCGAAUGCAAGAUGUAGAUUCGUCUUUCCCAGAAGCUGUAACGAAAUAUCUGUUCAGAGCUGGCAUGCCAUUCGGAGUUGAUUUGGCAGCAAUCAAUAUUCAGAGAGGUAGAGACCAUGGAAUAAGGCCCUACAAUGACUACAGAGAGCUCAGUGGUUUACCUCGAUUCACACAAUUCAGUGAUUUCGGACCCGAGUAUGCCGACUCCCUCAGUACUGUCUAUGCCUCAGUAGAUGACAUUGACUUGUGGGUAGGCGGUUUGUUGGAGCCUAAAGAUGGACAAGGCAUCCUUGGAAAAGUCUUCAGAGAUAUGAUAGCCGAGCAAUUCUCAAGGCUUAAGAAAGGUGACAGAUAUUUCUUCGAAAAUGAUCCCACCAUCAAUCCAGGACAUUUCACUCCAGAACAAUUGGUCGAGUUGAGGAAGGCAUCAAUGUCCAGGAUAAUCUGCGACAAUAAUGAUCACAUUUUGUUGCGUCGGCAAGCCAAAAAUGCUUUCAAGGUUCCUGAUGUUCCUGGAAAUGAAUUUUUGGACUGCAAAAGUGAUGCUAUCCCAAGGAUGGAUCUGAGCUACUGGUCACAUUGAUUAUCAAUCAUAAUAAUAUAAUCAGUACCUGUUUUUAAUGUGUUCAAGCCCACUUGGUUAAUGCAAUGUUUGUUUUGUUACGUUUGUAUUUCGAUGUUUUUAAGAGAUGUUUAUAAACUAUUUUUUACAAAAUACGU